CCUAGCCCACCCCCACCAGCGGGGCAUAAAUGGCCCAGUGGGGCCAACACGGUCACCCUAGCCAUGCAGGCUCACCCCAGCCGCCGCAGCUGCUGGGCCAGUCUCCCCAGCCCCAAUGUACGAGAGGCAGCCUCCAUGUAUGGCACGGCUGUGGCCAUCUUCCUGGUCAUCCUGGUGGCCGCGUUGCAGGGCUCAGAACCCCCGGAGAAUCCCUUCCCCUACCACAUCCCCCUGGACCCUGAGGGAGUACUGGAACUUUCGUGGAACGUCAGCUACGUCCAGGAGACUAUUCACUUCCAGUUGCAGGUGCGAGGGCUCAGGGCCGGGGUUCUGUUCGGGAUGUCGGACCGCGGUGAGCUGGAGAACGCGGACUUCAUCGUGCUCUGGACGGAUGGAGACAAUGCCUACUUUGCGGAUGCAUGGAGUGACCAGAAGGGACAGAUCCAUCUGGACACCCAGCAGGACUACCAGCUGCUCCAGGCCCAGAGGACCCUGGAUGGCCUGUCGCUGCUCUUCAGGAGGCCCUUUGCCACCUGUGACCCCAAGGAUUACCUUAUUGAGGAUGGCACUGUCCACUUGGUGUAUGGGAUCCUGGAGGAACCGUUCCGGUCGCUGGAGGUCAUCAAUAUCUCAGGCCUGCAGACGGGGCUGCAGCGUGUGCAGCUUCUAAAGACUGAGGUCCCCAUCCCGGCCAUGCCUGAGGACACACAGACCAUGGUGAUCCACGCCCCCAACAUCCUCAUCCCCGGCCAGGAGACCACAUACUGGUGCUACAUGACCAAGUUGCCCCGGGACUUCUCUCGUCACCACAUCAUCAUGUACGAGGCCAUGGUCACGGAGGGCAAUGAAGGCCUGGUGCAUCACAUGGAAGUGUUCCAAUGCGCCGACGAGAUCCCGAGCAUCCCCCCUUACAAUGGGCCCUGUGACUCCAAGAUGAAGCCAGACCGCCUCAACUACUGCCGCCACGUGCUGGCCGCCUGGGCCCUCGGCGCCAAGGCAUUUUACUACCCAGAGGAAGCUGGCCUUGCCUUCGGGGGCCCGGGGUCUUCCCGGUAUCUCCGACUGGAAGUUCACUAUCACAACCCGCUGAGGAUACAAGGCCGGCACGACUCCUCCGGCAUCCGCCUGUACUACACGGCCACCCUCCGGAACUUCGACGCGGGCAUCAUGGAGCUGGGCCUGGUAUACACACCAGUGAUGGCCAUCCCCCCUCAGGAGAAUGCCUUCGUCCUGACCGGCUACUGCACGGACAAGUGCACUCAGCUGGCCCUGCCACGCUCGGGCAUCCACAUCUUUGCCUCACAGCUUCAUACACACCUGACCGGGAGGAAGGUGGUUACGGUGCUGGCCCGGGACGGCCAAGAGAGGGAGGUCGUGAACAGAGACAACCACUACAGCCCUCACUUCCAGGAGAUCCGAAUGUUGAAGAAGAUUGUGUCUGUCUACCCGGGGGAUGUGCUCAUCACUUCCUGUACCUACAACACAGAAGACAGGAACCUGGCCACAGUGGGAGGCUUUGGGAUCCAAGAGGAGAUGUGUGUCAACUACGUGCACUACUAUCCCCAGACACGGCUGGAGCUUUGCAAAAGUGCAGUGGACGAUGGCUUCCUACAGAAAUAUUUCCACCUGAUGAACAGGUUCAACAGCAAGGAGGUCUGCACCUGCCCUCAGGCCUCUGUCUCCGAGCAGUUUGGCUCUAUGCCCUGGAACUCCUUCAACCGUGAGGUGCUCAAGGCGCUGUACGGCUUUGCCCCCAUCUCCAUGCACUGUAACAAGUCUUCAGCUCUCCGCUUCCAGGGCGAGUGGGAUCUGCAACGCCUGCCCAAGAUCACCUCCACACUGAAAGAGCCGACCCCACACUGCCCCGCUGGCCAGGCUCUGAACCCCGCUGCUCCCACCGUGGUCAGCAUUGGCAGAGGCAGAGGCUAAGUAGGGGGCUGCUCCUCGCCUCCUCAUGCAAUUCUGUGGACUUGUACCAGCUCUGUACACCUCCUGUGUGAAGACCUCCAUGGAACAGUGCUGUGUGCCCAAGAGGAAGGGGCAGGACCAAGCCCUUCCAGGAGUCACAGUGCCUCCUGCCCCGACACCCCUGCACGGCUAAGAUGGUCCCGUGAGAUCCCAUUGGACAGGGCAGGCUGGGACCUCAUCUGCCUCCUGCUGCCUCCACGUAGGGAUAACCCAUUAUGGGGGUCCAGGUUCUGCACUGUUGGCCCCACCCUGCCUCCCAGGACAGCCAAGCCAGGCUGAGUACUACUGACUCCCCAACUCUACAUUCCCACCAUGUUGGCCCUCUGGUGGUGGUUCCUGUUUGCUGUGUGUGCGCCGUGACAGCACUAUUUAAACUUCUC